CAGUCCUGCUGAGAGCGCGCGUUAUAUUUUUGUCCUCCGCUUUCGUAAUCUGAAGAGGGUCCGCCAGGCGACGAUAUUGCUUUGAAGUUAACAACUGUCAUCAAAUUGAAGGGCACCAGACAAGCGUGUAUAACCGCGAACAGAUAUCGUGCGAUCAAGUAAUAAUGUCGUUGAGUGAGUUAGUUUUGAAAACGCUGAUGCCAAGCAAUUUUCUCGAUUCGGACGAUGAUGAUACAAAAUCUAUGACAGACAAUGGCACAACGUUCAACAAAAACGAGUUUAAUGUGUUUAACGACUAUUUUGGCCUCAUCAAUCUCGUGCAAAAAUGCAAGCACAACGCCAUUCCCAGUAACGAAUUGGGUUUCUUCGAAGCGAACGAGUUGACCAGAUACCCUAGACGCGAUCGGUUCGACAGCAUCGACUCCGAAAAUUCGUCCUCAGGAAGCUGUGAUUCCUUCUCAGAUUUGGGAUUGACCAUUGGCGAAAGCACUGGUUUUCAGCCAUUUCCCAGUCCUAGUGCAUUCUCAUGUAGUGCCCAUACACAUCGGAGAAGAGCUGAUUCAUUGACUAACUUGUCUCGUCGCGGGAAAGGGGUAACAGCAUCGUCAAGUCUCCCUCGUGGUUUUAAUCCUCCUUCGGCAAAUCUACCUCAAGUUUGUGUGUUCUGUCGAAACAACGGGGAGCCCGAAGAGUUGUAUACAUCACACGUACUGAAGGGUCCUGACGGUAAAACAACUUGCCCAAUCUUAAGAGCUUAUACUUGUCCCAUCUGUAAAGCAACUGGCGAUGACUCGCACACCAUCAAAUAUUGUCCUCAAAACCAACAGAUUACACAAGGAUUUCUCAAUGGACCGCAAGUCGUAGGACCUCGGCCAAAACGCACCGUCGGAAGCAGAAAAACCCGCUAAUGUUGGCUAUCGUGACGAAAAGUUAUUAAUCGAUCAAAACUGCUUUCGAGCAACAUGAAUGGAUGUUGAAAUUAUUGGGAAAAGGAUAUUACUCGAGCACAUCGCUCACUAAAGGUUUUACAUACGAAUUUUAAGAAUGUUGAAUGUUUUCAGAUUAUUUUUAACAAAGAUUUUUCAUUAUGAAAAUGGCCGUCAAAAGGCAGGAAAAGGAAUUUAUUACUCGUAUUGCACCAGAUUUUUAAACAUUUGUAAUUAAGCAUCUCAAACUUAAGUCUUUCUUAAGUUUUUCCGUUCGUGAAACUAAUGCGAUAUCCGCUACUUGAUUUCUCAAUUGUCCUGCCGUUUUCCAAUCAAAGGUUUAUAUAUAUGCAUAUUUGAAUAUUUAGUUGCGAAAAACCUAGGAUUUUACAAAAUUAAUCGUGAAAUUCUAACUUCAACCCAUCCCUGAGGUGAAAUUCUUCCAGUGAAUAUCGGAUUCGCAGAUUGUUGUGACUCAUUGCGUCUAUUAGUUAUAUUUUAAGUUCAACAACUUUUAUGUUGAAUAUAUUUUGAUUUCAGAUGAUGAGGCGGUUGUGUCUAAACAACUGCUUAAAAUCACCAUGUUGCAAAGUGCAACGAGUAAUUUAUAUUAUUAAAUGCAAAAUGCGAUGAAAUAUUGUGAGAAAUAAUAGUUGUAAAAGAUAAGGUAUUUUAUUGUUAGAAUUUUUAUUAUGAAUAACUGGUUUUGUAAGACAUAAACGAUGUACUUUUAUUGAGUUUUUAGGGUAAACUGUUGUUAUUCCCAUUGCCAAAGUGCUCAUUUUUUAAAGUGUUAUAUAAAAUGAGAAUGAAUUGUUAUUAUAAUGCAACUAAUUUUGUAUUUUUCAGAAAGUAUACGACUUCUCAUUCAUUGAAAUAAAGAAGUGUUUUUACAUAA